CCGGAGGCAAAACAACUUGAUAGCGAAGACAGACAAAAACAACUCUGUCACACGUUGUUUGCAGAGCUCUCUCUUUCUCGAAUUCGAGAACUCCUCUCUCUCUGUCUCUUAACGGAGAACCGCUUUACUCUCUCCGGCGGACUCUUUUCGAUCGCAUCAGGAUGAGUACCGGCGAGCUUCUCAGCAUCGAGCCUCAAGAGCUCCAAUUCCCUUUUGAGUUGAGGAAGCAGAUCUCGAGCUCUCUGCAGUUGUCCAAUAAGACCGAUAAUUAUGUGGCAUUCAAGGUGAAGACGACAAAUCCAAAGAAGUACUGUGUGAGACCCAAUACUGGAAUUGUGUUGCCGAGGUCUACCUGCGAUGUUAUAGUUACAAUGCAAGCACAGAAGGAGGCCCCGCCGGACAUGCAAUGCAAGGACAAGUUCCUGCUACAAAGCGUGGUCACAGGUGCCGGAGCUACCGUGAAGGAUAUAACCCCAGAAAUGUUCAAUAAGGAGUCAGGGCAUAACGUCGAGGAGUCCAAAUUGAGGGUUGUUUAUGUUGCUCCACCGCGACCCCCAUCGCCUGUUCGAGAAGGGUCAGAGGAAGGUUCUUCACCAAGGGCUUCGGUAUCCGAUAAUGGGAAUCUGAAUGCUUCUGAAUUUACACCUGCUUCAAGAGCUCAUGUGGAGCGACAUGAGCCCCAGGAUAACUCGUCUGAGGCAAGGACUCUUAUUUCGAAGCUGACUGAGGAGAAAAAUUCUGCUGUUCAGCAAAAUAACAAGCUCCUGCAAGAACUGGAGCUCUUGAGGCGUGAAGCCAAUAAAAGCCGCGGUGGUAUCUCGCUUAUAUACGUGCUUCUUGUUGGCUUGGUUGGCAUCAUCUUGGGGUAUCUUCUUAAGAAGACAUAAGCAGUUGAGUUUAUCCUUAAUUCCGCCAAGUCACCCCCUUUGGUGGAAACGAAAUGCAGAGAAACAGAAGAAAACAGGUGUGACUGACACAAGUCUUGUAUGUUGUAUUGCCAAACCUAUUUUUAGGUUAGGGACGGUUUGAGAUGUGCGAAGGAGGGAACUUUUUUUCUUCGUAUUAGCAGGUAUUGAGGGUAGAGACAUGGUUUAUGGUUACAGGUUUUGUAAUUGUCUCAGCAGAACUCCAAAUGAUUCAUUGUGUGACCCACUUCUUUCAUGAACACAUAUUUUCGUGAUAACAUCCUCAAACUUUUUGAA